UUACGAAGAUGACGCUAUCGGAAGAAGAAAUGAAGCGUUUGUGUCGGAUCCGCAGAACUGUUAUGCAAAUGCUGAGAGACAGAGGUUAUCUGGUUGGAGAAUUCGAGAUCAAUAUUGGAUUAAACGAAUUCGUCAGGAAAUUCGGUGAAAACAUGAAAAGAGAAGAUCUCAUAAUCAGUAAAGCCAAUGCCAAUGAUUCCUCCGAUCAGAUCUAUGUCUUCUUCCCCGAUGAACCAAAGGUUGGUGUUAAGACCUUGAAGACCUACAUUGAACGCAUGAAAUCAGAAAACGUAAUCCGAGCAAUAUUAGUCGUGGUUGAAAAUCUUACACCAAUUGCCAGAAACUGCAUGAGUGAGAUCGCUACAAAGUUUCAAUUGGAAGUUUUCCAGGAAGCAGAGUUGUUGGUGAAUGUUAAAGAUCAUAUUUUAGUUCCUGAGCACCAGGUGCUUACAAAUGAAGAAAAGAAGACUUUGUUAGCAAGAUACACUGUCAAAGAAACACAGCUGCCACGAAUUCAAGUGUCGGAUCCAAUAGCACGGUAUUACGGGUUAAAACGUGGUCAAGUUAUGAAAAUUAUUAGGCCAAGUGAGACGGCUGGACGUUAUGUCACCUACCGUUAUGUUGUUUGA